AUGCCGGCCAUACCCUCGGACAGCGCUCACCACAAAUUCGACAUUGUCGUCGUUGGUGCCGGAAAUGCUGGGUAUUCUGCAGCGAUUUCGUCUGCAGAAUCCCUCGGACCUUCCCACAGAGGCAAGGUUCUGCUCAUUGACAAAUGCCCAGAGGAUUGGGCAGGCGGCAACUCCUACUUCACUGCUGGCGCGAUGCGCACCGUCCACGGCGGACUAGGAGACAUACUGCCCGUGGUCAACAAUGUAGAUGCCAGUUUGGCAAAGCAGAUUGAUCUCGCGCCAUAUACCAGGGAAGACUUCCUCCACGACAUGCGUCGCGUCACCGACGGUCGCUUUGACCCGGCUUUGGGGCAGACUUUGGUGGACGAGUCAAAUGCUGCUAUCAAGUGGCUAGCAGGUCAUGGUGUGCGGUAUCAACUGAGUUUCAAUCGCCAGGCCUACAAAGUGAAUGGGCGAUACAAGUUCUGGGGUGGCCUGGCCCUCAAAACAGAAGACGGCGGCAAAGGCUUGGUCGAGGACCACCAGGCUGCCUGCAAACGUCUUGGGAUUACGGUUUGGCAUUCGACCGCAGCCAAGAAGAUCAAUCUAGAUCCCAAGACGGGUGCCUUCACCUCCCUCAUAGCUGAAGUGGCUACGGGGGAUCAUGUCGAGAUCCAAGCCGCGAGCAUCAUUCUGGCAGCCGGUGGGUUUGAGGCUAACCCGCGCAUGAGAGCCCAAUAUCUCGGUCACGGAUGGGAUCUGGCUCAUGUCCGCGGCACACCCUACAACACUGGCGAGGUCCUUGAAAUUGCUAUGCGAGACAUGGCGGCGAAACAGGCUGGUCACUGGUCAGGAUGUCAUGCCACCGCCUGGGACGCCAACUCUCCUCAAAACUCUGGAGAUCGCAUAAUUUCAAAUGAAUUUACCAAAUCCGGAUAUCCACUGGGCAUCACCCUCAACAACCUUGGAGAGCGUUUCUUCGACGAAGGCAGUGAUCUACGGAAUUACACAUAUGCAAAGUUUGGCAAGGCAAUUCUGGGUCAGCCUGGCGGUACCGCUUUCCAGAUUUGGGACUCCGAAGGAAUUCCGUGGCUGCGAAGUGAGGAAUACAGAGACGAAAUUGUCGAGAAGAUUUCCGCAGAAACAAUAGAGGAGCUGGCCGACAAGUGUGCCAGAUACGGGUUGGAGAAUCCCGGAAGAUUUGUCGAGGAAGUCAAGGAGUAUAACGAAGCUGUCGCCUUGUUCCGAAAAGAGAACCACAGCAAAAAAUGGGACCCGGCAGUCAAAGACGGACUCUCAACACAGUCGUCCAAAAAGAAACUAAAAAUCCCAAAGUCUAACUGGGCUUUGCCCCUGACCAAGGGUCCUUUUAUGGCUGUCCGUGUGAGGUGUGGCGUCACAUUCACAUUUGGAGGACUGGCCAUUGAUCCGACCACGUCGGGUGUGAUCUCAAAUUUGACCGGAAAGACUGUGCCAGGCGUGUUUUGCUGUGGCGAAAUGGUUGGUGGGCUCUUUUACCAAAAUUAUCCCGGAGGUAGUGGUCUAACCUCUGGUGCUGUAUUCGGAAGGAAAGCAGGCCAGAGUGCUGCGAAGAUUGUGAAUGCACAAUCUGCGCUGGAGUCAACGAGCACGGUAGCGGCGCGCCUUUGA